AUGCCACGAGAGAUCAUUAAUGUUCAGGCAGGCCAGGCUGGGAAUCAGGUCGGAGAGAGCUUUUGGAGCAUGCUCUUGGCUGAGCAUGGCUUGGAUGACGAUGGUUUCUAUAAAGGAGACGACCCACUACAGCUUCCUAUGGUGGACGUCUUCUUCACGGAAGUCGAGCAAGCAAAUGGACCGAGCAAAUAUGUUCCGCGUAGUGUCCAGAUCGAUUUGGAAGAGGGUGUAUGCUCGCACAUACGCUCGGGGAAGAUGGGUAGUUUGUUCCGGCCCGACACGUUUAUCACUGGCGACAGUGGCGCUGGGAACAACUGGGCUAAAGGCUUUUACACCGAAGGCGCGGAACUUGUGGAUUCGAUUUUGGAUAUCGUUCGUCGGCAGGCCGAGUCUUGCGAUGCUCUACAAGGAUUCCAGAUGAUCCACUCCCUGGGCGGAGGCACCGGUGCUGGAUUAGGCUCGCUCCUCCUAUCUAAAUUCCGAGAAGUUGUGUUUGCUGAAUAUCCUGAUAGGAUGGUUUCUACUUUCUCUAUCCUUCCGUCUCCUAAAGUGUCAGAAACUGUUGUUGAGCCAUACAAUGCCCUACUAUCCAUCCAUCAAUUGGUUGAAAAUAGCGAUCUGACUAUGUGCAUUGAUAACGAGGCAUUAUACGAUAUCACCGUCCGGACGUUGAAAGUCAAAGCGCCCGCCUUUUCUGAUCUCAAUGUGCUGGUUUCACAAGUGAUGUGUGGAAAGGGCCCUUCCUAUGGUUAUCGUGGGACUGACGAAAGACAUUCUCCCAGUGACCUUCGGAAGCUUGGAUUGAAUCUAGUUCCAUUUCCUCGGCUGCAUUUCCUCAUGCCGAGCUAUGCUCCUUUUUACGACCCUACUGCGAAAGCAUUCGUUCGCCUCAGUGUCUCAGAUCUGACAUCUGCACUAUUUGAUCGGAGGAGUCUGCUUGUUGCCUGUGACCCUCGAUUUGGUCGGUACCUUACAGCAGCGACAAUUUUCCGAGGGAAGGUAUCUUCCCAAGAGGCAGAACAUUCGGUUGGAGAGUUACAGAGGAAGAACUCAAACCAAUUUGUCGAAUGGAUUCCGGAUAAUGUCUCAGUAGGCUUGUGCUCAGUACCACCAGUCGGCCAGACUCAGUCAGCAACGUGUCUUGCGAAUUCGACCGCAGUCCAGGAGGUCUUCCAGCGUACUUUGACACAGUUUGCUGUGAUGUUCAAGCGCCAAGCCUUCCUUCACUGGUAUACAGGAGAAGGAAUGGAUCAGAUGGAGUUCUCUGAAGCUGAGAGUAAUGCGCAUGACCUGAUAUCCGAAUAUCAGCAGUAUCAAGAGGCAACUCUUGAGGCCGAUGAUCAAGAAGAAUACGAAUACGAGGACGGGGGAAUCGGGCAUACUGGUGAGGAUGAUGUGGUCGAAUAA